AAUUUUAAUUCAAUCCUCGAAGCAACAGGUUGUGCAGCAGCUUUUCCAUUUAAUCUGUUACUAAAGUCUGUUUAAGUGUACAAUUAAUCAAAAGUCAAUACAAAAUGGUCAACACCAAGUUCUUAACGUUCAACAAUGGAGAGAAGAUGCCCGUGAUUGGCAUCGGCACCUGGCAGGCAUCUGAUGAGGAAAUCGAAACCGCCAUCGACGCGGCUUUGGAAGCUGGGUAUCGCCACAUAGACACGGCGCCAGUCUACGGCAAUGAGAAGGCCAUCGGAAGAGUCCUCAAGCGUUGGCUGGACGCCGGCAAGGUCAAGCGGGAGGAGCUGUUCAUUGUGACCAAGGUGCCACCCGUUUCCAACCGACCCCACGAAGUUGAGCCAACAAUCAAAAAAUCGCUGGAAGAUCUGCAACUGGAUUAUGUGGACUUGUAUUUGGUGCACACUCCCUUCACAAUUAAUAUCAACGAGGAUGGAAGUUUCAAGGUCGACAAGGAUGGCCUGAUGGAGGUUGACGUUACCACGAACCACGCAGCCAUCUGGGUUGCUAUGGAGGCCCUGGUGGAGAAGGGUCUCACCAAGUCCAUUGGCGUAUCCAACUUCAGCAAGGAUCAGGUGGCCCGUCUGUUGAAGAACUGCAAGAUCCGGCCGGCCAACAACCAGAUCGAGCACCACGUUUACUUGCAGCAGAGAGAUCUGGUCGACUUCUGCAAGUCCGAGAACAUUACCGUAACCGCCUACUCCCCGCUAGGAUCCAAGGGAAUCGCCAAGUUUAAUGCUGGAGCGGGCAUCGUGAGGAAUCUGCCGGACCUGAUGGACAUCCCUGAGGUGAAGGAGAUUGCCGCCAGCCAUGGCAAGACGCCAGCGCAGGUCCUGCUCCGCUGGAUUAUCGACACCGGUGUAUCCGCCAUUCCCAAGAGCACGAAUCCCGCCCGCCUUAAGCAGAAUCUAGACGUCUUCGAUUUCGAACUGACGGCCGAGGAGGUGGCCAAGUUGUCCAGCCUGGACCAGAAUAUUCGAAUCUGUGACUUUGCAUUCUUCCAUGGUGUGGAAAGGCAUCCUGAGUUUACCUUCAAGAAUCAGUACACGAACUAAACGGCAUAGUUAUAUAAAAGCAAUUCAAAUUUACGCAGUAAAUUCUUUUCUAAAACAUUACUUUGUGUCGAAAGUAUAGGAAAGCAACCAUUUAUUUUGUAAAAGUUAUAAAAAAGUAAUUACUCGCAUUUUGGUCAUUAUACACACAUAAAA